AAGAGCCCGAGGGGGGCCGGCCCCCACCCUAUCUCCCCAACGCAUAUGCUAAUGGCGCAGCCGGGGUGCUUCCCUGUUAGCCUCGCGCUCCUUCCGUUGUUUUCGAACCUGUGAGUGAGCGAACGAAGGAGCGCGCGCCCAGAGUGACGGCCUGAGCGUCGGUGCAGAAGGCGGCAGGGGAGACACUGAGCAGCGGCGGCAGCCUCCAGGAGAAGGAGUAGAGAAAGGGCAGGCAGCGCGGGUGGCAGGAUGGCGGAGGGCAGCGCCGUGUCGGACCCUCAGCACGCCGCCCGGCUUCUACGAGCCCUGAGCUCGUUCCGAGAGGAGGCCCGUUUCUGCGACGCGCACCUGGUGCUGGAGGGCGAGGAGAUCCCGGUGCAGAAGAAUAUCCUGGCGGCCGCCUCGCCCUACAUUCGAACAAAAUUAAACUAUAAUCCUCCAAAAGAUGAUGGAUCAACUUAUAAAAUUGAACUUGAAGGAAUAUCAGUAAUGGUUAUGAGAGAGAUCCUGGAUUACAUCUUCAGUGGACAGAUCAGGCUGAAUGAAGACACCAUCCAAGAUGUUGUUCAAGCAGCAGACUUAUUGCUGUUGACAGAUCUUAAAACUCUGUGCUGCGAAUUUUUGGAAGGUUGUAUUGCUGCUGAGAACUGCAUUGGCAUUCGCGACUUUGCACUGCAUUAUUGUUUACAUCAUGUACAUUAUCUUGCUACGGAAUAUCUGGAGACUCAUUUCCGAGAUGUCAGCAGCACUGAAGAAUUCUUAGAACUAAAUCCUCAAAAGCUGAAAGAAGUGAUUUCUCUUGAGAAGUUAAAUGUUGGCAAUGAAAGAUAUGUAUUUGAAGCAGUUAUUCGAUGGAUAUCCCAUGAUUCAGAAAUAAGAAAGGUCCACAUGAAGGAUGUUAUGUCAGCUCUAUGGGUUUCAGGGUUAGACUCCAGUUAUUUACGGGAACAGAUGUUGAGUGAACCAUUAGUACGGGAGAUCGUCAAAGAAUGUAGCAAUAUACCCCUCAGCCAACCACAACAAGGAGAAGCAAUGCUAGCAUCUUUCAAACCCAGAGGUUAUUCUGAAUGCAUAGUAACUGUUGGUGGUGAAGAAAGAGUUUCAAGGAAGCCAACAGCAGUGAUGCGUUGUAUGUGCCCUCUUUAUGACCCUAAUAGGCAGCUCUGGAUUGAACUGGCCCCAUUAAGUAUUCCAAGACUUAACCAUGGAGUACUCUCAGCAGAAGGAUUUUUGUUUGUAUUUGGGGGCCAAGAUGAAAAUAAGGAGGUCCUGAGCUCAGGUGAAAAAUAUGAUCCAGAUUCUAAUUCAUGGAGUGCAUUACCACCAAUGAAUGAGGCAAGACAAAAUUUUGGAAUUGUGGAGAUAGAUGGAAUGCUCUAUGUUUUGGGUGGUGAAGAUCGUGACAAAGAGCUGAUUUCCAUGGAAUGUUAUGAUAUAUAUUCUAAAACCUGGACAAAACAGCCUGAUUUGACCAUGGUUAGAAAGAUUGGCUGCUAUGCAGCUAUGAAAAAAAAAAUCUAUGCAAUGGGGGGAGGAUCAUAUGGAAAACUUUUUGAAUCUGUGGAGUGUUAUGAUCCUAGGACCCAGCAGUGGACUGCUAUUUGUCCAUUAAAAGAAAGGAGAUUUGGGGCAGUAGCUUGCGGAGUUGCCUUAGAACUCUAUGUAUUUGGUGGAGUCAGAAGUCGUGAUGAAACUCAAACCAAUGAGAUGGUGACAUGCAAGUCAGAAUUCUACCAUGAUGAAUUCAAAAGAUGGAUUUAUCUUAAUGACCAGAAUUUAUGUAUCCCAGCAAGUUCCUCCUUUGUUUAUGGAGCUGUUCCUAUUGGGGCCAGUAUCUAUGUGAUUGGAGAUCUUGAUACAGGUACCAAUUACGACUAUGUUCGUGAGUUUAAAAGAAGCACAGGCACUUGGCACCACACUAAGCCACUCUUUCCAUCAGACCUUCGCAGAACUGGCUGUGCUGCCUUACGAAUUGCAAAUUGCAAGCUUUUCCGAUUGCAGCUUCAGCAAGGACUGUUUCGUAUCCGUGUUCCUUCUCCUUGAAGGCUUUCUUCUCAUUGAAGGCUUUCUUCAAAAUGGGAUAGAAGCAAAAACCUGACACAGUGCACCAGAACCUAGCUUUAGACAAGGCAGAACAGAGAGAACAACUAAAACUUAACUCUCUAUGCUGCGCUUUGGCAUGGUAACUCUUGGGGGUUUAUAAUGCUUAAAAGCUUGAGCUUUAGCUCUUGUUGGGGAAGAAAAUGACUAUUCCAAAAUAGCCUUAGGUGAAUGAAUGAACUCUUAUAGUUAGAAGUUUGUGGACUGAUGAAGAAUCAUCAGUAUCAGGAAACAAAAGGGAAAUGGAGAUUAAUAGAAUGUUAAAACUAAAACACUAAGGUGCACUUUUCCCCAAAGUGAACUCCUUUCUGCCUAAGUCUGCUAUAUUAAAGUAGAUGGCUUUGGUAUACAGAAAAUCUGUAUGUAAACCAAUGUCUCUAAGCAUACAAUGAAUGCUUUUCUACUAUAGUCAUGCCCAGCUCUGCCCAACAACUUAAGGUCUGUGCUUGUGCCUGAGAGGGCAAAUGUGGACCCAGGCCUAUUGGUUACUAGUGCUCUGUCAAGAGAAUCUAUAAAUAUAUAUAUCUAAACAUAUAUAUAUAUGCAUAUAUAUAUAUAUUAUGAUCAGUUGCAACUAAGGUAAUAAUAGAAUUCUGUCUUUUUUAAGCACUCCUACAUGAUUCAGGAGGCAGCCCUCAUGAAUUUAAGGAAGCUGCUGACUUCUCUUCUUAUGCCAAGAGAAGACUUGAAAUUAUGAACAUCUUUCAUGUGAUUUUUAUUUCUGGGUUAGCAUAUUUGGAGUCAUGAAGGAUCUUAGUACAUACCCUUCUUCCAUCAUCAGUUGAUCUAAAAUUUAUUGGUUUGCAAGAAAAAUAUUGACAAAAAAAGUUGUUUCAGAAAAAUAAAAUUUAAGGCUGCUAGUUCUUAGGGAAAUUGUUUAGGCAACAUGUCUUGGGUUUAAAUACCAUGUUUUUAAUGAAAUCUUUAUUCUAAAGCACAUGAAGUCUUGUUUACUACUGUUUGAUUUGAACACUAUUUAGAAUGUGUUUCUGUCUAAGCGCUAGACUCUUCCCAGUAUUGUUCACCAGUAAGACUUCUUAGUCAAACUAUGGUGGUGUGAGUAAAGAUUGGCUGGUAGAAUAAACUACCUACCUCAACUUAAUUUUAUUCUGUUGAUAAUAUAACAAACUAAGCUUACAUAUCAUGGUUGGGGGAAAAGCAAAUCCUCUUCCCCUUGCUUUCCUUCUCUCUCAGAACCUCACCUCCACCCCACCCCCCCCCCAAAAAAAUCUUUUGGUUAAGUAGAACUUUUAUUUUAUAAUAUUCUGUUUUCCACUCUUAACUCUGACAUCCUCCAUUUGAAAUCAGGGGCUUUUUGAUUGCUUCAUAAUCUGAACUUUAUGCAAUAUCAAACUUUCUGAACAGCUUGAUAUAUACUUGGUUUUUAUUACUUUUUUACCAUUUCUUUUUCUUAGUAUAUAUGGCUACAAAUUCUGCUAUUGUCAGAUCUAAUUAGCAGGAUCUAUCUCAACAUUUAAUAAAUGGUACACUUUGGUUAUAAAAUUAAAAGCAAAAGUUUCUUGUAGAAACUUUUUGCAUGGCAUGUUUAUAUGCUGUCAUCAUGCAUCUAAAAAAUUUUCCAUCAUGUUUGUCUGCCAUCUAGCAAAAAGGAAAAGGUGUUUGAUGUGCUUUUUUUUUUGCCCUCCUUCCAUGCCUGUCAAAAGAUAACACAGUUUUACUGAAAUGGAUUCAAGUAUAUGUCCUUUCUAACCAGGUAUGCACUGUACAGACUGUGCCAAAAGAAUCCUGAAGAAGGCUGUGUACAAGCACAGUAGCUUUCCCUUCUAGCCCUAAGAUGUUUGUGUGAAGUUACCAGGUUUUGUAUUUCACACUGGAAAUUUAUAUGCUGCACUGGAGCCAUUGGGCUGGCUUUGCUUGACAAUAAUGUAUUAGGUAAUUGUUUAAAUUAAACCAUGUUUUUGUGUUUUCCCCCCCUCUUGGUGUGUCUGAACACCAGCUGUUCUGUGCAAAUCUUCAUAAUGAUGUUAUUCUUAAAUCAAAGCAAGUCAACAAUGAAGACACAUUUCAAGUAAAGCCAAGAAGAUGCCACAGUGAAGGAGUAGAAAUUGCUUUUAAAAUUGGAUACUAGUUACAGAAGAAAAAAUUCUCCAAAGAUGAUCUCCAGGCUGCAAUAUCUUGGGUCAGGUGCUUUUUCACCUCGAACUGCAGUGUUUGGCAAGUGUUCAAAAGUAGUAGUUGAGAUUUAUUUGAAAGGAGACUUUGGUAUCUUUGAUAAAAGGUACUAUAAUUUUUUAGUUCAUGUAUGUGUGUGAUUUUCUUGAGUUUUUUAAUGUUUCCCCAAACAAUGGUAGGCAUAACAAUAGCAGCUCAUAUUUGAGGGCAAGAAUCCCUUCAAAGGAAAAAAUUCACAGGAUUUUUUUUUUGUUCCUCACAAUAUUUCUGUGUUUGUGUAAUUCAGUAAAUUCAUCUUAUUUUUUUUAAUUAUUUCUUUAAAAAAAUAGCUUACAAAGUAGCUACCCAGAUUAUGUAAUGUUUGUGAAAUAGACUUGCUACAUGAUCAAGUAUGCAAUAACCAACAAAAGCUGCUAAGUGCCAAACUAUUAUUUUAACUGUAUAUACAAGUACUGAAAAACCUUGUGUUGAAGUACAGGGAUGUGUUUAAUUUCAUUAUAUUCUAAAAUAAAUAGUGGAUUUUUUUUUUAAUUUAGAGCUACUUCAGUAUUGUAAAAUAAUUUUAACUUGUUUUAUGCAAGUUGUGUUCAACAUUCCACUUAUGCCUUGAAACAUCAUCAUAUUGUGAUUGAUGUAUUUUUCAAACUCCUUUUUCAUUAGGGCACUUGUCCCAGUCAUGUAUAUAGUGAUUGGCAGCUGAUAAUAGGUCUUAAAAUUUUAAAUAUAAACACCUUCGGGUAAAAGUGCAAUUCAUUUUCACAAUCUCACCUAGAGAAGGAGAGUUAUCUCAGGUUGUCAGAGUAAGUGUAAGUAUUCAAAGGCUCUCCUUUAGGCUACAGUAUAAAUUAAUUUUAUUUUUCCUAUGGACAUAGGCUGUGGGAGAGAGGUAUAGAUAUUUGUGUGAUAGUAAUGAGGGAAGGAGAUUGUACUAGAUGACCCAAGAUGAUUCUCUUCACAAUAGAUUUUCAAAGGAAAUUUAAAAAUUAGGAUGAAGAUACUUUUUAGUUUUUAAGGAUGUUUAUAUCCUGUCAAGGGAGAGAAUGAGUGUGUGUGUAUGUAUGUAUGUAUGUAUGUGUUAGCUGUAUGCAUGCUUAUAUAUUAGUUGGUAUAUGUUUUAGCAUGUAUGUUAACAUUUACUUUAACAAUUUUUAGUUCUGGUCUACAUAUGUUACCAACUUUUGGUGCUUCCAAUUUACUCUAGAACCUACUAUUGUUCACUUUAAACUGCUGUAUUAAUGAAUAAGUGGGCAACAAAAUCCAUGUUGAGCAUAAAUAGUGAACACUGAUAGGUUUUAAUGAAUUUGGUAGGUUUUUGUGUUUUCAUUAGUCGAAUUAAAAAGCCUUGUUUGCCAAGUAGCUAUUGAUGGUAUGUUUGUGACAAAAAGAGACAUACUAUUUAGGAACUGUUCAGGAGUAGUAUUUAAUUUAGUAGCAAAUAGUCUUGGAGAAUUAGUAACUAGAAAUAGACCUUGUUCCCUAUGUCACAACCAAGUGAAAAUAUUCUGAGAUGUGUUGGAAAUAAGUGAACUUUAAAUAUUUGUUUUUCAUUAUUACACCAUGUUGCAUUAUAGCAUUAUCAGUGGUACUUUUUCCAAUGAUACAUUCAGCUUGAAAGUAUCGUUAUCUUAAUUUAUAAAUUGGACUUGUCACCAAGGACAAAUACUGUGUUGGGUGAGGUGGAGGGGAAAAAAUACCCAGCUGGAAGUAGCAAAAUCAACUUUUCUUGUUAUUUGUGUGACACAGAGUAUUCUCUCCUCCCUAGUACCCAAGAUAUCCAUUAUAAUAGUGGUUAUGCAUUUAGGGAAUUCCAUUAACUUUGCUUCAUCGGAAUAUCUGGUACAUUUCUGCUGCAGCAUAUAAAAUCCAUAAUCCAAAACCAUUUUCACGAGAAUGCUGAAAAGGAUUUUAUUAACCCCAUUUAGUGGGUAUCCUGGAGGGAGGGGAACUUGCUUAUAACCAGGUUUCAUACCCUUUUGAAUUGUAAGAAAUAAGCAGACAUUUGUCUUUUGACCAUUGAAAAGGAGCUAUCACUAUCAGAACCACGGGGUCCCUUGAAAAUCACGAUGAAGGGAAGGCUCUAGGACUGAGCAGAUCCUUUUCUCUUCAGUUAGCUAGUUACCUUUAAAAAUGAUGGGAAAACAGAGGUUAGCCAUUGAAUGGGUAGCUACAGGUUCAGCUAGCAUCCAAAAGGAAUUGUCAGCAGACAUCCCUGCACAAAAUCAGCUAACCACUUACUGAGCAUUUAUUGCAUGUGUGCCCCAGGAAUUUUAGGAAUUGUAAAGACAAAAGACAAUUUUUGCCUGCAGGAAACUUAAAUGACAAUUGCCAGAGUGUCCUGAAAGAAUAUGUUUAUUAGAAAUGAGUGCUUAUUGUUGGGCCCUAGAUAAGUCAUUUGGUUUUCUGCUUGGAAGGGCUUCCCUAGUAAUGUAAGAAAAAAAUAAUGGAAAUAAACAUUUUGAAGUGCCUGUUUUAUCUCAUUCAUAUCUUAAAAGACAUCUAUUCUGUAAUAGGGGGUUUACAAUAGAUAAAAUGUCACACCUAAGAGUGUUGAUCAAGAUAUCUUCAUUGUCCCUUGGAGAUAAGGGUUAUCACUGUCAUGCACAUUUGAGAGGCCUUUCAGGUCCUAAAGAAAUGACCUGCUACAAGUUACUAUAAGAAGUGUGAGUCUGGAGCAGAUAUUAGGUGAUUAAAUUUCCAGUCCACUGAUGUGGUCAGAAAUUCCUAGCAUUCUUGCACAGAAAGGGCCUGAUAGGUCAUCUAGUCCAACUCUCUUAUUUUACUGAUGAGGAAAUUGAGAUCUAGAUCCUUACAGAUAGACACAAGAAUUGAACCAGGUCUGAAGUGCAGUGCUUUUUUUUUUUUUUAAUACCUUGCUAUUUUGCUUGGUUUUUUUAAAUAUAUAAUUAUAUGGUAAACAUUUCUGUUGUAAAGAGUUUGGCUACCAAGUGUGUCUGCUGCCAAACUACCUGGAUAUUUACAAAAGCUCUCUUUAUAAUUUUGGGAAACUAAAAUUUACAAAUUAGCCAUGUGUUUUUUGGUUUUGCCUCAGAGGGAGCGGGGGAAGAGUGGAAGAGCAAAAUCCUCAAUUGCUAUACUCCAUUUGCCUGAUACAUGUUGCUAAUAAUUGAAAGAAAAUCCUGUCUUCUAUUGGGGAAAAUAUUUUGCAUGUUGUCUAACAUUCUUUAAAAACAGUAGUCACAAAUAAAGGAAGAUUAAACUAUUGCAAUGAUGAUAAUUACUUAGUUUUACAGUUGAUAGUGAGAAACAGUUGAUAGAAGCUUGUAUUUAAGAAGAUUGAACUGGAGAUUAGUAUUCUGUGUGCUAUCAACAGUCACCCAAGAUAGGACUUAACCAUAUCUACUAUAGUUUGUUUGCUUGUUUGUUUUGUUUCAGCAACUCAGCUAUUCAAGACAAAGGUAAUACUAUUUCUAAUUAAAGUACCCCUUACUACAUUUUUUAUGUUUUGUUACAUCAUGAUUGUCCAUUUUAAACAAAAGUAUGCUAAAUAAAAAAGUUGGAUUCUUAUCAGUUGGACAACUGAAGUUUUCUAAAUUUACUAAUUUUAAAAAACAUUCUAAUUAUUCUAUAAGAUUCAAUAUAUGCCAACAAAUGGAACUUUAUUAUAGAAUAAUUUAGUAUCUAUAAGCUUAUUUUGAGUUUGAAAUUUUACUUUUUGGGUUUUUUUAAAAUACAUAGUGUCCAACUAGAAUCUGUCCUCUGUUUCCCUCAUUGGUAGUGAUAACUUAUGUUCUGAUAGAUUUUUGAGCCUCCUAUGGCCUUUUUUAUUGUCACAAAAUGAAUUAGAUGUGUUGAGAAAAUAGAGCCUACACAAGCUCUCCUGUGAUACCAAGUUAACUUAACAUAAAUUAAUUUAUAUUUUCCCAGAAAAAAAAAGAUUUGUGACAGAACAUAUUAUUUCUUUAAGAAAUUUUUUAAAAAUAUUUCAUUAUGGCCUUUAAAAUAACUUGUUUCCUUAGUCUUUUCCAUAAAAUGCAAAUGAUGUAGAACUUUGGGCUUUCAGUUGUUUAUUAAAGUUCUACUAGCAACUUCAUUUUCCUAAAUAACUAAAACUAUGUAUAGAAUGCUUUAUUAUCUUUCCUGUCUAAUUGGAUGAGACUUAAAUUUAUUUAACGUUUAUCUCUUCUUUAUUGGAAAAUUUCAGUUCCUGUGCAUUUCAGUUUAAAAAAUUAUAUCUUACUUGACAUUCUAUGAACUUAGAUUCCUUUGAUAAAAGUCUAGAACCAAUCAGUGGGUAGGUUUGACUAUUAUUUCUUUAAGACUUAUUAUCUGUAUUCUCUUUUUAUUUCCUCUGAAGUGCUUAUUUAGAAAAGCAGUUUAUAACUGGUUAAUAGGCAUUUUAAGUAGAUGUUUUCUUAUCUUUAUUUUUGAUAUAGGUAUAGCAAGUAAAGUUGUUAAAUAUUUCCUAUUUAGGAAUCCAUAAAUUUUUUAAUGAAUCCAUUUAAAUAUUUGGAAUGAUUUUGAAAAUAGCUUUCAAAAACAUUCAGAUCAUUGUCUGUUUUAGAUAUCUCAGCUUUAAAAGUGCUGAAUUAUCUGGUUUCUCUUUGUUUUAAAAAUGAUGUAUUCUCAUCACCAGUGCCUAGCACAUAGUAAGGCGCUUAAGAAAAUGUUGUUUGAUUGAUAUAUCUAAAUCUUCCCAGUGGUUUUCAUUGGCAAUAUGACUAAUUUACUAUAAAUACCAAGGAAAUUAUUUGUGCUUCAAUCUUCCCAACGUUUGUCAGUUUAUCUUAAUUUUGAGUUUAGUGCUUAAGAAUGUUUGUUAACUCUCCUAGGGCACUACUUUUCCCGUAGGAAUUGCCCAGAUUAAAGCUAUCUUGUAACUUAAUGAUUUAAAAGAGUUAAUGUCCUCUCCCCUCCCAAAGUAUUUAUCAAUCAAAUAGUUUUAUUAAGCACCUCCUUUGUACCAGGCCUUGGUUGUUCGAUUGUUGAUGGUACAGAUAUUAAAGUAAAAUAAUCCUUAACUUCAAGUAGUUUAUAUUCUUGGGGGGAUACAACAGUUAUUGGGGAAUAUUGGUCAGAAAAAGGAGCUUUGGUAUAGACAGUCACAGAGUAAUUGAGCAAUAGGGCAGUUGGGGGUAGGGGAGGUGGGGGGAAUACAAUGGGGAAACAGAAGCAACAUUUAUUAAAUCCUCUUUGUGCCCAGCACUGUGCUAAGCACUACAAAUUUGAGCUAAAAAACACACAGAUAGUUCAGAGCUGUUGUAUAUCCAAGUCCUGUAAUACCAAAUUACUUUACCAUGAUUCUAUCUUAUAUAAAUGAAUUUUCUAAAAAAUUAAACCUUACUCCUUUUGCUGCCAAAACUUUUAUUUUUAAUCAUUUUGAUGGAAAAUUUUCUCAUCUUUUAUCAACUUCUCUAAAUUCUAAAAUUUUCUUUUCUUUCUGUAAAGCCUAGGUCUCCAAAUCCACCUGAGACCAGAAGUGCAGGGCUAUCCAAUUCAGCAUGGAGUUUAGACCUUUUACCUUCCUUUAGCAACCUUAUGGCUCCCUCCCCGUUUCUUGGGGCUCAUCAUAUUGAUACCAGACAUAGUGUGUACUCUUUAAAUCCUUUAGUUCCGUUAGCCUAUUGCAGCUCAGAACUCCCAGCCCCCAGAAUUGUCAGCCUCCCUGAAUCUCAGAUUGGAAACCUAAAAUAUUACCAUCUGUUAUGUCCCAUUACUCUUAAACUGUUAACAUGAUAACUUAUUCUCCAUUACUCAUAUUAGAUUUGGGAUAGUUUUUAUAAAACUUAUACUAAACUACCUCUCCUGCUGGAAUUUUUUGAGCUAUUGCAUCCAAAUUUUUCUAUCCUUUGUUCUCCACUGGCUUGUUAGUACAAUCUUUGUAUUUCCAACUAGCCACCUUUUUUUCCUUUUUUUAAUGCUUUUAAUCAUAAGAGUAAAUCCUGUCUGUGUGAACUUCCUGGGAGUAAAAUCCAUGUAGAUUAUGGACUUUGUGGUGUUAGUUUUGUCAGCCAUGAGCCUUUCAUAUUUUGCAAGUGUUUGGGUUGAAGAUGAAGGAUGUGAGAAUUUCCCCUGGAAAUAUCCAAGGUGAAAAACAAGUGAGUCAAUCAGAGGACCUUGAUUUGAACCCAUACUACUGUUUUCCCUCUGUAUUGACCUUAGCAAGUCACUUAAAUUUGCUGGGCUUCAUUUUCUUCCUUUUUAAAAUGAUUGGAUUCUUUUAAAAUAUUAGGUAUAUUUUCAAAUUCUAACAAUUUUUCUGCCCAGGAGAACUGCUUCAGCCCAUGUUCUAUAACAUGGAAAUUACAUAGGAUUAAAGGUAGGUUAAAAUUUAAAUUAAAAAAUUAAAUUUUUUUAGUUGCUUGGGAAGAGGAGACUGAAUUAUAUCAAAUAAAUUACUUGAAGACUAGAAUAUUAAACAUCUCAUUUCCCAAACACUUUGUAACUGAGCAAAGAUUAUUUAGCUCAAAAGAGGCCAAAGAUUUGUGAGUCUCCAAACAACAGCAAAUCCACUUUGUCUUUAGUAUUUUGGUCAUAUGAUUAGCCUCAUUGUAUAAACAGUUAGAUUUCCUUUAUAGUUAUCCAUACCAACGUAAAGAACUAGUUUUUAGAUUUCUGAAAAAUAUUAAGAUUUAGAAAUUUGGCAAAAUGCUCAGUGUGAUACUGUGGAAAAAGCAGUGGCUUUGAAAUCGGAGGACCUAGGUUCAGAUCUCAGAUUUUAUUAUCUGUUUGACCUUUGACAAGCUACCUAAUUUCCCUGGACCUUCGUUUAUAUAACGAGGGGAUCUUAGUACAAGGAGUAAAUUUGUUUGUCAUCUUCCCCCAAAAAAGAAGUUAUAACUUUUCUGUAUCAAUUCUUUCUAUAUUUGUAAUAUCCAGAUUGAAGUUAAUGGCUCAAAAAAUUUUCAUUUUAAGGUUGAAGAAUCACAAAAUAUUUUAAAAUUCUGAUUUAUCUGAAGAAAUAUAGAUGGAAGGCUAUUUUAUAUUGAUUUUCUUUGUUUUUAUACCAUCUCUAUUUCUUGCCCCUGCCUCCUGGGAAGCCAUCCCUUAUAAAAAAUAAUUUUCUUAGAAAAAAAUUAAAAAGAAGAAAAAUCAGGAAAACCAGUAUGAACCAGUUUUUUAGGAAAAAUGUUAAGCUGGGCAGGGAGAGAGGGAGAACCUCUUUAAUUUGUCUUCCAGACAAAGAUAAUUGUUAUUUUAAUAUGUGUUUUUUAUUGUCCUGCCAGAAAGGUCUUCUUUGAACCCUAGUUAACAAAUUACUUUUGUUCAUUUAUAUACUUGUAGGUUUUAUAGGAAACUUUGAAAAAUUAAUAACAUUUGCUAUUCAGAAUAUAUAUUCUCUUUGCAUGUAAUUUUUCUUCCUGGUUUUAUUAAACCAAGAAGUCUUUAAUCUUUAGUUUAUAAAAGUGAUUGCCAACACAUUAUCACUAACUACCAAGAUGUUCAGCCAAAUUAUGUAAGUUCUUCCUUCCUGGCUUUCAAAUAUCUAAGAACACUAAAUUUGGAUUUAAAGUUGUAAUACUCAAAAAUUUAUCUCCCUGAACAAGUUUCUGGGCUUCAGUUUAUUCAUCAAAUAGAGUUGGACUAAAUGUUUCUAAGGCCUUUUCCAGAUCUCAAUCAUGAUCUUAAUGUUUGCCUAUUGGAACUCAUUAACAGCCACAAAUGGAUCGUAGUUUAGAUAUUAGUUUUUGAAGUUAUCUUAAAUAGCAAUUUUGCUUAUAUCUUUUCUAAUCUAAUGCCUCGUGGAUUUGAACAUUUGCAAAUCUGCUUAUUUCUUUUGGGCCCAUGGGAUUGAUAAAUGGAUUGUAAAUUAUAUUAUCCUUUGAUAAUUUUUCUAGAAUCUUUGGAAGUUUCUGUGAUCCUGUGCCUUGUCUUUAAUUUUUUCAUUUUGAAUCUCAUUGUUCAUUUUUAAGAUUUUGUAAUUAAGAGGCUGUAUACAAUUUUCUACUUACACCAUUGUCUUCAACAGGCUUUAGUAAAAACUUAGCAUGAUCAUGGAGAUAGUAAAUUUACCAACUUAGAAAAACACACUUUAAAAAUCAAGUUAGUUUACAGGAGCUUGACUGCCCUUUUAUUUAGUGUGUGUUUUUCAUUCAUCCACUCUCGUCUUUUGUUUGAUCUGUUCUGAUUUUGUUACUCAGAUUCCAUUAACCAGAGAUAUUACUGAAGUGGUCCCUUUUGAAGAAAUCAGCCCUUCCUUUAAAGGACAGGAGAUUUUUUUUAGAAGUUUAAGGGGCCUUUUUAGAGGUGAAAAAGAAUUAUCUUGGACAUUUUUCAUGUCAGAUUCAUCUAUUCCCUCAUUCCCUACUCCUAUACUUCAAUUUUAUAUCUAUCUCCCUUAAUUGUUUGAAUCACGUAUCAAAAAGGCACUCUUUUAAGAUUGACAUGGCACAAAUGCCUUAGAGACACUUAAUGAUAUAGGCUUAGAGGGACUGUUGUCUGUCUACACAGACCUCUAGUUUUCAAGAGCUGACAGCUCACCCUUUUUCUCUGCAGAUUUGACUUAUCCAAGAAUACAAUGAAACCCCUAGAAACCCAAGCAGUUUACCCAGGCAUCUUCUAGAUUUCUUAAGCCUUUUGAGUUUAUAAGAUUCUUGUUCCCCAGUUAUGUUCUCAUACCCCAAGUAUAACCUGGGAAGCUUUUGGAGCUACUUUUGGGAAUGAGAUGAUAGGGGAUAAUCCAAACCCCAUUGCUACAUUCUAAUAAGACAAGCAUUCUUCAUAUCAGCCCACAGGCUAGCUACCUCAGCAAGUAGCCAAAUGGCCAAAUCCCUGUAAGAUCUGCAAGUUUUCCUUGGGUCCACUAGAUUAUCAUAAUAGCAUCUGCUUGAUGCAUGAAAAUUGUCCUUGAUGUGCAUUGACAACAGAUGCUAUAUAUAUAGUAUACAUUUACUUUUGCAGAAAUACUGACUGUAGGGGGAAGAAGAGAUAAUUGAUUAUUUUUCAUUAUUCGUUUAGCUAACAUUUGUUUUAAGGAAUCAGUUUCAUUCACAUUUAGUUCUGAAUAAUAAACCUGAAUCCAGACUUUGAAUUGAGAAUGAAAUUAUAAUCUCUUCUUUAUAAUAAAUAAAAGAUCACAUUAGGUGAAAGUAAGGGUCUUUUGUUUGUUUUACCUUUAUUCAGAAGCGAUUCUAGACUAUAGAAUAACAUUUGGAGACUGAUUCUAGCACAUACACAUACACAUACCCAGACACUUCAUGAAGAUUUGGGAAUAUGGUGUCCUAAUAUCAAAUGAUUACAUGACAUAAGUGUAUAUCAUCUAUUAAGUACCACAAAAUUCAAAGUAUAAGAAAAUGAAACUUCUUAUUUAGAUUAGUCAUUCUGGAAAGUAUAAAGUGACCAUUAAUAGGGCAGAGCAGAGAAGAGCUAAUUAUUAUUGCUUAGUUACUCAGCAAGCAUAUAUUAUAUAACUAGUAGUGUUUUUUUUUAAUUGACAGAAUCUCAGUUUUCUUUUUCCUUGUCUUUUUUUACAUUUUACCCAUUCUAUACAAGUCAUUCAUUCUGUCACUUUCCUUACCCUCGUUUCUAAUUACCAACAAAAGCAAUUCAGUGUUUUUAAAAAUCAUACAUUUGUGAACUGUGGUACAAGUAUGCAUGCAUCUCAGUGGAAUUGAUAGCAGAACAGUUAGACUAGUUAAGAAUCUCGUGUAGUGUUUUGAAUUGUGUUUGAGAAACAGACAUCAUAAUAUUCCCCCAGCAUUGUCCCAUCCCCAUAAUGGGGUUGGUUACAGGAAUCUUUGGCAGAUCGAAAGGCCUCCUUUCUGGUGGUAUGUUAAUUGUGACCUGUAGUGACUAUUGCCAUUUAUGAAUGUAAAUGAGAGCCAUAUGAGAGACUUGAAAUGUGUAAAGUGGGUUAUUAUCCAUGGUUGAUGCAUGCUCUUUUCCAGAAAUGAGACAUCCUACUGUCUUCUAAAGCAAUUUUCAGUUCAUUUAGACUCUUGAGGAUCAGUAACUUCUCAGACCUUCUUGUUCUAUGACCAUGCUUUUCUUUUAAUAAUGCCAUGAGGAUAAUAUUUGCUAAUAUAAAUUCUUAACAGAUUUCAUUCUGUCAAGCACAAAUAAACCUUACUUAGUUUAAUUAUAAUGUGGACAUUUCUAAUAUGGGACAACUGAAUGAAUAUUGGCUUUCUAAAAAGAUUUAUAGCUUUAAUAAACUAACAGAAUUCCAAGUUAUAAGGCUUAGAAGCCUGUCCUCAGAUGAAGUUACAUUAUGCAUGAUAAGAUCAUAUUUAAAGAAAAUGUGCAAUUCUAAUGGUAUUUUGUGACCUACUACUGAAAACUGAUUUAAAGGAGAAGUAAUUAUCGUAAGGUUAGUUUUUUGAAACAUACAUAGUUAAAAAGUUUAAAAAAUAAAAAGGAACAUGACCAUCCCCAAAUUUAGUUAGAUAGUUGUCUCAAGAAUUUCUCAUCUGUUAUUGGAACAACUGUGUUACUGGGCUUUAAUUAAAUGCCAUGUUUCACAUCCUGUGGUCCAAAUUAGUUUAAUUCAUGGAAUAAUUGUCUAUUCCUUUGCUAGUGUAGAAUUGAUCAAAAUCAGAAGCGUUUUUUAUCUAUAAUCUUUCUUGAAUUGCUUUAUGGUUUACAAAGUAACACAUGCAAAAAGGUUAUAUUCACUUUCUUGGAUUAUGUAACACUUCAUUUUGUUUACAUGUUGAGUAUAAAGUUGGGUAACUAAGGAUAGUUCCCUUAGUUAAGCACUUCAACUGUGUUUGGGGGACUUUAUUGCCAUUGUCCUGUAAUAUUGUACCAAGGAUCAGUGAAAGUGUUUUAUCUUUUUUAAUGUAGUUUCUACUGACUGGAUUUUAUAAUUGUGAGAAAACAGAGUGUUGUAUUUUGAUCUGAAAUUUGUGUAUGGUAAAAAGUAAUUUUCUUUUGUGUAUUUGGAGGUUCAUUUAAAACUUGAAAUAUUUUUAGAAGGGUACAGACCAAAAUGAAUUGUCUUAAAGGUGUUUAAUAAACUAACUGAUUAAAACUAA